AUGCGCUUGUCGUGUGUCUUGAUUUUGGGCCUUUUGGGCUGCUUACUGCUCGCCCAGCAGGGAUAUAGUCAGACUUCGAGUUCCACGGAAAGCACAACCUCGUCCGAUUCCGACGCUACCUCUACCACUGCCGCCUCUUCAUCCUCCUCCUCGGACACAACCGCAUCCUCCGCCGCCUCCUCCUCUGACGAUGACGCUACAACGGUGGCGUCGUCCGCCACCACCACUACCACAGCGUCGUCCUCUUCCUCUUCAAGCGCGGCUGCCAGGCGGCGCAGGGCAGCUGCCCGACGACGACGCCUAGCCCGCCAGCGACGCAGGCGUCAAGCGCGCCAAAGACGACGCCGCCAGGCGCAGAGAAGAAGGCAGAGGCAGCGUCAGAACAGACAGGGAUGA